AUGGCUAGAUUGUCUGCUCCCAUUUCUCCCCCAAUGGAGUCGACCGGUGACCGUUUGAUGACUUUGGAAACCAAGGAUGGUGUUGCCUUGCAAGGUUACUCCUUUGGUGCUCCAGUCGCUGCUGCUGGUGAGGUCGUCUUCCAGACUGGUAUGGUCGGUUACCCCGAGUCCAUCACCGAUCCUUCUUACGAGGGACAAAUCUUGGUUAUCACCUACCCUCUUGUUGGUAACUACGGUGUUCCUGACACCGACUUGAAGUGUGACAUUGUCGAUGCUUUGCCAAAGUACUUCGAGUCUAACCGUAUCCACAUUGCUGGUUUGGUUGUUGCUCACUACACCGAGGAAUACUCCCACUUCUUGGCCAAGUCUUCUUUGGGCCAGUGGUUGCAAAAGGAGGGCAUUCCUGCUAUGUACGGUGUGGACACCAGAGCCUUGACUAAGAAGUUGAGAAACGAAGGUUCCACUUUGGGUAGAUUGGCUAUCCAGAAGACUUCUACCAAGCACGAUGACGUGGUUGGCCAAGAGGACUGGGAAGGCUCCUUUGAAAUUCCUGAGUGGGAUGACCCUAACGUCAAGAACUUGGUCGCCAAGGUCUCUACCAAGGAGCCAAAGUUGUACAAGCCUAAGGACAACGUCAAGACUGACAAGAACGGCAAGCCUAUUCGUAUUGUCACCGUCGAUGUUGGUAUGAAAUACAACCAGAUCCGUUGUUUUGUUUCUAGAGGUGUUGAAUUGUUGGUCGUCCCAUGGGAUUACGACUACACCCAGGAGGAAUACGAUGGUUUAUUCAUUUCUAACGGUCCUGGUGACCCUCAAGUCAUGACCGAAACCGUUGCCAGAUUGGAGAAGGUCAUGAAGGAGGGUAAGACCCCAGUUUUCGGUAUCUGUUUGGGUCACCAGUUGAUGGCUCGUGCUACUGGCGCUGACACUGUCAAGUUGAAGUUCGGUAACCGUGGUCACAACAUCCCAUGUACUUCCACCAUCUCUGGAAGAUGUUACAUUACUUCCCAGAACCACGGUUACGCUGUGGACGCUUCUACCUUGAAUGAGGGCUGGAAGGAAUUGUUCAUUAACGCUAACGACGACUCUAACGAAGGUAUCUACCACGUCGACAAGCCAUUCUUUUCUGUCCAGUUCCACCCUGAGUCUACUCCAGGUCCAAGAGACACCGAGUUCUUGUUCGAUGUCUUCAUCAACUCUGUUAUCGACUUCAAGAACACCGGUGUUUACAAGCAGGUUGCUUUCCCAGGCGGUAAGAUCGAGGAGAACAGAGCUGCUCACCCAAGAGAGGACGUCAAGAAGGUUCUUGUUUUGGGUUCUGGUGGUUUGUCUAUUGGUCAGGCUGGUGAGUUCGAUUACUCUGGUUCUCAGGCUAUCAAGGCUUUGAAGGAAGAGGGUAUUUACACCAUCUUGAUUAACCCUAACAUCGCCACUAUCCAGACUUCUAAGGGUUUGGCCGACAAGGUUUACUUUUUGCCAGUUAACCCAGACUUCGUUAGAAAGGUCAUUAAGCACGAACGCCCAGAUGGUAUCUACUGUACUUUCGGUGGUCAGACCGCUUUGAGUGUCGGUAUUGCCUUGAAGGAUGAAUUCGAGAGCUUGGGUGUCAAGGUCUUGGGUACUCCAAUCGACACUGUCAUCACCACUGAGGACAGAGAGUUGUUCGCUUCUGCUAUGGAAGAGAUUGAUGAGAAGUGUGCCAGAUCCGAAGCUUGCUCUACUACCGAGGAAGCCGUGGAUGCCGCUAACGCUAUUGGCUACCCAUUGAUUAUCAGAGCUGCCUACGCUUUGGGUGGUUUGGGUUCUGGUUUUGCUGAUAACGAAACUGAAUUGAGAGACUUGUGUGCUAAGGCCUUUGCCACCUCUCCUCAGGUCCUUGUUGAGAGAUCCAUGAAGGGUUGGAAGGAAGUUGAAUACGAAGUUGUUCGUGAUGCUUUCGACAACUGUAUCACUGUCUGUAACAUGGAGAACUUUGAUCCUUUGGGUAUUCACACUGGUGACUCUAUUGUUGUUGCUCCAUCCCAGACCUUGUCCGAUGAGGACUACAACAUGUUGAGAACCACCGCUGUCAACGUUAUCAGACACUUGGGUGUUGUUGGUGAGUGUAACAUUCAGUACGCUUUGAACCCAUUCUCCAAGGAGUACUGUAUUAUUGAGGUCAACGCCAGAUUGUCUCGUUCUUCUGCUUUGGCUUCUAAGGCCACCGGUUACCCAUUGGCUUACACUGCUGCUAAGUUGGGUUUGAACAUUCCAUUGAACGAAAUCAAGAACUCUGUUACCAAGUCCACCUGUGCUUGUUUCGAGCCAUCUCUUGAUUACGUUGUUGUCAAGAUUCCAAGAUGGGAUUUGAAGAAGUUUACCAGAGUCUCUUCUUUGUUGUCUUCUUCGAUGAAGUCCGUUGGUGAGGUCAUGUCUAUUGGUAGAACUUUCGAAGAAGCUAUUCAAAAGGCUAUUAGAUCUACGGACUACCACAACUUGGGUUUCAACCAGACUGCUGCCUUGAUGUCCAUUGACAUUGACACUGAAUUGCAAACCCCAUCUGACCAGCGUUUGUUCGCUGUUGCCAACGCUCUUUCUGACGGCUACUCCGUUGACAAGGUUUGGCAAUUGACUAACAUUGACAAGUGGUUCUUGAACAAGUUGGAUGGCUUGAUCAAGUUUGGUAACAAGAUUGCUUCUUUCGGUACCAAGGAGAGCCUUCCACUUGGUGUCUUGAGACAGGCCAAGCAGUUGGGUUUCGAAGAUAGACAAAUUGCUAAGUUCUUGGACUCCAACGAGGUUGCUAUCAGAAGAUUGAGAAAGGAGGCUGGUAUUGUUCCAUUCGUCAAACAGAUCGAUACUGUUGCUGCUGAAUUCCCUGCUUUCACCAACUACUUGUACAUCACUUACAAUGCUGACUCUUCCGAUGUCUCCUUCGACGACCAUGGUGUUAUUGUUUUGGGUUCUGGUGUUUACAGAAUUGGUUCUUCCGUCGAGUUCGAUUGGUGUGCCGUCAGAGCUAUCAGAACCUUGAGAGAGAACAAGUUGAAGACUAUUAUGAUCAACUACAACCCUGAGACCGUCUCUACUGAUUACGAUGAGGCUGACAGAUUGUAUUUCGAGACUAUCAACUUGGAGAGAGUCAUGGAUAUUUACGACUUGGAGCAGUCUUCUGGUGUUAUCAUCUCUAUGGGUGGUCAAACCUCUAACAACAUUGCUUUGCCAUUGCACCGUCAAAAUGUUAAGAUCUUGGGUACCUCUCCUGAGAUGAUUGACUCUGCUGAGAACAGAUACAAGUUCUCCAGAAUGUUGGACAAGAUUGGCGUUGACCAGCCUGCUUGGAAGGAGUUGACUUCUAUUGAAGAAGCUGAGGAUUUCGCCGAGAAGGUCUCUUACCCAGUCUUGGUUCGUCCAUCUUACGUCUUGUCUGGUGCUGCCAUGAACACUGUCUACUCCAGAGCUGACUUGGCUUCCUACUUGUCUCAGGCUGUGGAUGUUUCUCCAGACUACCCAGUCGUCAUUACCAAGUACAUUGAGAACGCUAAGGAGAUUGAGAUGGAUGCCGUUGCCAAGGAUGGUAAGAUGAUUAUGCACGUUGUCUCUGAGCACGUUGAGAAUGCUGGUGUUCACUCUGGUGAUGCUACUCUCGUUGUUCCACCUCAAGAUUUGGACCCACAAACCGUUUCGAGAAUUGUUGAGGCCACCGCUAAGAUUGGUAAGGCUUUGGACAUCACUGGUCCUUACAACAUUCAGUUCAUUGCCAAGGACAAGGAUAUCAAGGUCAUUGAGUGUAACGUUCGUGCUUCUCGUUCUUUCCCAUUUGUCUCCAAGGUUGUUGGUACUGACUUGAUUGAGAUGGCUACUAAGGCUAUCAUGGACUUGCCAAUCACUCCUUACCCAGGUGAGAAGUUGCCAGAGGACUACUGCGCCGUCAAGGUUCCUCAGUUCUCUUUCUCCAGAUUGGCUGGUGCUGACCCUGUUUUGGGUGUUGAGAUGGCUUCUACUGGUGAGGUUGCCACUUUCGGUAGAAACAAGUACGAGGCUUACUUGAAGUCCUUGAUCUCUACUGGUUUCAAGUUGCCAAAGAAGAACUUCUUGUUCUCCAUCGGUUCUUACAAGGAGAAGCAAGAGUUGUUGCCAUCGAUCAAGAAGUUGCACGAGUUGGACUACAAGUUGUUCGCUACUGCCGGUACCGCUGACUUUAUCAAGGAACACGGUAUUCCUGUUCACUACUUGGAGGUCAUGGGUAAGGAGGAAGACCAGAAGUCUGAAUUCUCCAUGACUCAGCACUUGGCUAACAACAUGAUUGACGUCUACAUCAACUUGCCAUCUUCUAACAGAUUCCGUCGUCCUGCUUCUUACAUGUCCAAGGGUUACGAAUCUCGUCGUAUGGCCGUCGACUACUCUGUUCCAUUGGUCACCAACGUCAAGUGUGCCAAGCUCUUGGUUGAGGCUAUUGCUAGAGACAUUGAAUUGAACGUUAGCAACAACGACGCUCAAACCUCGCACUCCACCACUGAAUUGCCAGGUUUGGUUAACAUGACCAGCUUCGUUCCAUCUUUCGAUGACUUCGAGACCACUACCAAGGAGUCUUUGUCUGCUGGUUUCACCUUCAACGCUUUCUUGCCUCAAACCGUUUCUGGUUCCGUUGUUGUGGAUGCUGACAGCUUGAAUGACGCUAUUUCUACUGCUUCAGACUCUGCUUUCACCAACUUCUCCAUGAACCUUGCUGGAUCUGCCACCAACUCUGAGGACUGUGCUGAGGCUGCCGAGAACGCUGGUGCUUUGUUCUUGCCAUUCAACGACUUCGCCAACUCCAAGGUUUCGUCUAUCACUGCUCACUUUGCUUCUUGGCCACAGUCUAAGCCAAUUGUGACUGAUGCUUGUGCCACUGACUUGGCCUCUGUCUUGUUGCUUGCUUCCUUGUACAACCGUUCCAUCCACAUCACUGCUGUUUCUUCUAAGGAGGACUUGGAGUUGAUCAAGAUGGCCAAGGCCAAGGGCUUGAGCGUGACUUGCGAUGUCUCUAUCUACGCUUUGUUCUUGUCCCAGGAGGACUACGCUAAGUUUACCUUCUUGCCUACUGCUGAAGACCAAGCCGCUUUGUGGGAGAACUUGGAGCACAUUGACUGUUUCUCCAUCGGUGUUUUGCCAUACAUGGUCGCUAAGGGCCUUGGCCACGACAUCACUCCAGCUUUCGGUAUUAAGGAAGCAUUGCCAUUGUUGCUCCUGGCUGUCAGCGAAGGUAAGCUCACCAUUGCUGAUAUCGUGAAGCGUUUGCACGACAAUCCUAUCCAGAUCUUGAACCUUCCAAAGCAGGACGCUUCUGUUGAGAUUGACAUUGAGAGAAAGGUGUCUGUUGCUGACACUGUCAAGUCAAUCUUCAAGGACCGCAAGUUCCAGGGCUACAUCGAGAGAGUCUCUGUCCACGGCGAGACUGUUUGCUUGGACAGCUCUAUCUUGCCUGCUGACGCCUCUGGUAAGAACGAAUUUGCUACCAGAGACAGAUUCGGAUCUGUCACCAGCAUUCCUCAAUCUCCAAACUUGUCGAAGAAGGUCAGAGCUUCUUUCAGCGAGGGCCGUCGUCCAUCCUUGAUGAAGGAGAGAGAACAGCCAUCUCAGGGUACUUUGGAGAAGUUGGGCCACGAGUUGGUCUCUCAGCCACCAUCUGGCAACUUGUCUGACUCUGAUGCUUUGAUCAACUACAUCAGAAGAAACAACACCUUCCUCAGAAACUCUGUCUUGUCUGUUAAGGACUUUACUCGUUCUGACUUGCACUACUUGUUUGCUGUUGCCCAGGAGAUGAGAUUGGCUGUUGAGAGACAAGGUGUCUUGGACUUGUUGAAGGGAAGAUUGUUGUGCACCAUGUUCUAUGAGCCAUCUACCAGAACAUCUUCUUCUUUCGACGCUGCUAUGCAGAGAUUGGGUGGUAGAGUUGUUGCUGUUGCUGCUGACUCUUCUUCUGUCAAGAAGGGUGAAACCUUGCAGGACACUAUCCGCUCCUUGGCUUGUUACUCUGAUGCCAUUGUCUUGAGACAUCCAUCUGAGGAGUCUGCUGACAUUGCUGCCAAGUACUCUCCAGUUCCAAUUAUUAACGGUGGUAACGGAAGCAAGGAACAUCCAACGCAGGCCUUGUUGGACUUGUUCUCCAUCAGAGAAGAAUUGGGUACUGUGAACGGUAUCACUGUUACUUUCAUGGGUGACUUGAAGUACGGCAGACCAGUUCACUCUCUCUUGUACUUGUUGCGUCACUACCAGGUCAGAGUCCAGUUGGUUGCACCAAAGGAGUUGUCUUUGCCUGAGAGCAUCAAGACUAUGUUGAGGGAGCACAACAUGUUGUCGGUUGAGACUGAGCAGUUGACUCCUGAACUCAUUGCCAAGUCUGAUGUCUUGUACUGUACCAGAGUCCAAGAAGAGAGAUUCAAGGACAGAGACCAGUACAUGAGAUUGAAGGACACUUACAUCGUUGACAACAAGAUCUUGUCUCAUGCUAAGCUGCACAUGUGUGUCAUGCACCCAUUGCCUAGAACCACUGAGAUCAAGGAGGAGGUUGACUUCGACCAGAGAGCUGCUUACUUCAGACAAAUGAGAUACGGCUUGUACGUUAGAAUGGCUUUGUUGGCUAUGGUCAUCGGAGUUGACUUCUAA